AUGUCUCGUCCAUCCACCCGGCCGCGCCGGAUUGACGACGCUCUCUCGCAACUGGUCGACUCGCUCACCCCGCCCCUCUCGGCCUCUGCUCUCCCAGGCGAUCUCUCCGACGACGCCGCCGAGGACGUUCUCUCCGCGGCAGAGGAGCGCAGACAUCACCAGAAUCUGCAGCGCGCAUGGCGUACCCUUGAAUCACAUGCCCGAUCGGCGGAUCCUGCUUCGCCAUCUACAGGAGGAGGUGGAGUAGCAGCCCGCAGGGGGAGUCUGGCAGGAGGAGAAAACAUCAACAACGCCUCCGACCUGAUCAAGCGGAAACUACUGCGCGAGAAUGCGAGCCCCGACAAGGCGGUGCGGUUCUCGAAUCUAUACUCGCGCCUCCUGACGCAGCCGGUGCUGUCGCAGAAAUGGGCGAUCCUGUACCUGCUUUACCGGCUCUCGAGCCCAGAGGUACCCCUGGAAGAUAAUGAGGGCGAGCGCAGUCGCAGCCCGUUGAUGGAUGAGGGGGGAUUACAGAAUUUGCUGUUCAACGGGCAAAAACAGAGGAGAGGGUUGGAUAUCAGAAUGGGAGGAGGAGGAGACUCGGACGAUGAAGGACCGGCGGUCAGCUCCUCGGCGUCGCAACGGCCUGUCCGACAGGAACGGGUCAGCUCGCUACGACAUGAUAGUAGGGAGAUGGGAGAAACAGUUAGGCCUGUUGAAGAGGGUCCAAGGCAAGCUUCUGCCGAGCAACACCUUUCGGAUGAGCCCAAGGCUGGUGGCAGAUCGAGAGCAAAUUCAAAGGCACCACCACCACCACCACCACAACCUGCACAGGACCAGGUAGAGAAGAGUCAGGGCCAGGAAUCGGUCGAGCCCGUGGAACACGGACUCCUGCGUGACCUUCCGUUCAACCUGCAGGGGUUAUCCUCUUCCAACCUGGAAUUCUCCUCGUCGUCGAUCAUGAAACUGCCCCCCAACUUACCCAUCCCCAUUCUCUCUCUCCUGCAUUCUCUUGCCGAACCGUGUUUGCUUUACCGCGGUCUGUCCAACUUUGCAAACAGCUCCGACGGCGGGCUGAUCAGCCAGAGCUUGCGCGCCGCAGUUGCCAACGAGCUGCGCUCUUACCUGGGCUUGGUUGCCACUCUGGAAGGGGAGAUCCGAAGAGCUUUGAUUGCCAUCGGGGACUCGAAUGAACCCAAGGGUAUGGCGCGUGGGGGGGUCACUUUGAAGAGAUGUGUGGUCUGGACGAGGGAUGCCACAAUGGCCUUGCGGUUGAUGAGUUUGAUCGUCGAGGAGUCGCGUAACAAAAAAGGUGGCCAGUUGAUUUCUCUUAUUCAUGGCUUCUCGUCCUCCCACGGGGAUCCGUUCGUCUGCGCAUUUGCCGAGAAGCUUUUAACCCACGUUACGCGGCCAUUCUACGACAUGCUACGGCACUGGAUUUAUGACGGCGAAUUGUCUGACCCCUACAAGGAGUUUUUCGUUGUGGAGCCUGAAUUCAGGCCCAGCACAGACCCGCGACGCAUUGCUACGAGCGUCUGGGAAGACAAGUACAAGCUAGAUGAUGAGAUGGUGCCCUCGAUCAUCACCCAGGAGUUUGCGAAGAAGAUCUUUCUCAUCGGGAAAUCGUUGAAUUUCAUUAGAUACGGGUGCGGCGACUCCGGAUGGGUCGAAGCAUACUCGAAGGAGGCGUCCAAGGAACUCCAGUACGGUGACACCGCACGGCUGGAGACCAGCAUCGACGAGGCGUAUAAGACUACCAUGGCGCGGCUGAUCCACCUGAUGGACGACAAAUUCAAACUCUUCGACCAUCUCGAGGCAUUGAAGAAAUACCUGCUGCUCGGCCAGGGUGACUUUAUUGCCUUGCUAAUGGAGUCUUUGGCUUCAAACUUGGACCGCCCCGCGAAUUCCCAGUACCGGCACACCCUGACCGCACAGUUGGAACAUGCGAUCCGCGCGUCGAAUGCCCAAUAUGACUCCCCCGAUGUCCUGCGACGGCUCGACGCCCGCAUGCUCGAACUGAGCCACGGCGAGAUCGGCUGGGAUUGCUUCACCCUCGAAUACAAGAUCGAUGCACCCGUGGACGUGAUCAUCACGCCGUGGGGGUCGACGCAGUACCUGAAGGUCUUUAACUUCCUGUGGCGAGUGAAAAGGGUCGAGUUUGCUCUGGGCAGCACCUGGCGACGCUGCAUGACGGGUGCCCGAGGGGUGCUGGGCAAUGUGGACGACAAGGUGGGCCCGGACUGGAAGCGUGCCCGCUGUGUCAUUGCGGAGAUGAUCCAUUUUGUCUGCCAGCUGCAGUACUACAUCCUGUUCGAGGUCAUCGAAUCCAGCUGGGACCAGCUGCAGGCGGCGAUCUCCAAACCAGGCUGCACACUGGACGACUUGAUCGAAGCGCACACCAAGUAUCUUAAUUCCAUCACACACAAGGGACUGCUGGGCUCGUCGACCUCGUCCAAAGCUUCCAACUCCUCCUCCACUACCACCACCUCCUCAUCCGGUUCUUCUGCAGGUAAGCAGGAAGAAAGCUUUCUGAGCCAGCUCCAUCAAAUCCUCAAGAUCAUGCUGGCAUACAAGGACGUCGUCGACGGCCUGUACUCCUUCUCCGUGGCGGAAUUCACCCGGCGCCAGGAGCUGAGCGCGAAGAUCGAGACUCGCACCGCGCAAGGCCACUGGGGUGUCACCGACCAAGAUCUGUUCCCCUCUGCUGCCCGUCGUCAGCCUCAUGGCACCAAGCCCUCGGUCUCGUCCAUCUCGACGCCAGGCGCUGACACCCCCUCUUCUCUCUUCCCCCCCAACGGUAAUGGUCUCACAGGAGAGGACCACUUACUCCCUUCCCUACGGACCCGGCUGCAAGACCUCUCGGCUGAGUUUCGAUCGCGGCUGAAUAUCCUCCUGGGCGACCUGGCGUACCAGCCUGAUGUCGAUAUGCGCUUCCUCGGCGUGGUCAUGAACUUCAACGAUGUCUAUGACCCUGUCCGUCGGCGACGGACGGCAGGCGCCAGUGCGAGAGACAAGGAGAGGGCGAAGAGAAAGGCUGCCGCCGCCGCUGUAGCGGAUGAAGCCGCGUCGAGAGAGAGGGAGAAGAUGAGAGAUCUCAGCGGGGCCGAAAAUAGCGGUAGUUAG